CAGGGGGCAGAGAGAGUGUGGUGAAAGAGAGAGACCAGAUAGAGUGAGGGGGAGAGAAGAAGGAGAGGAGGAGACGAUACCAAAGCGCCCUGAGCAGCGGAGGAUGUGGUUAGAACCACAGAAGGUCAGAUAUAACAAAGAAUCCUCUUUAGAGGAUGAGGUUAGAGAGCGAGAAAGAGAUAGGCACACUAACAGAUGGAGAGAUAGAAGUGAAGAAGAGGACAGACCCGUGGAACAAAGGACAGGCAGAGAAAAAGAGAGGAAGACAGAGGGAGAAGGACAAGAGGAUAGGUCGGUGGAACAAAGAAUGUCCAUAGACGAAGAGAGAGAAACUGAGAGGGAGGGAGAGAGGGAGAGGUAUUUGGAGAGAGGGUUAAAUGUAGAUGAAGAUGAUGAGACAGAAGCCUGGAGGAGUUAUAGCAGAGGAGAGGAACACCAGACUUACAGCGAUGGAGAGAGAGAGGAACUCUGGCAGAGGGACAGGGAGACGGAGAUAGAGAAUGUGACAGAUAACACAGAGGUUGACAGAGAGGAGGAAGAAGAAAGUGAUAGAUAUACAGAGUGGGAAGGACAGAGAGAUAUAAUCCCUUCCUCUGAGGACGGCUUUAUCACUGUGUGCAGUGGUGGAGAAGAGGAGUUUGAGGACUGCAAAGAAUUCUUGGAGGUUGGGUUCACUAAUCAUGUUACCAGGCAACCUGUUAGCUUUCAGGGGAGCGAGGGAGAGAUGGAGAGAGGUGGAAGGAGAAGACAUGAAAGAGAGAGAGAAAGAACAGAAGAGCAGACAGAGCAAAAAGAUGAUGCAUUGGAGGGAGAGGUGAAUGACGGAAAGGGGAAGAAGCAACCCACCUAUGUAUUCUGUGUGAUUGGACAAACACUGUCCAGGUCAAAACCCAAUCAGACAGCAGUCCUGGGUGACAUGGAAUCAGAGCGGACCAAUCAAAAUCCUGGAUAUGGUCAUAGGGACAGUGGUGACAUCACACACCUCCCUCAUGAGAACCCUUCCAGAGAUGGAGACCAAGGGGCAGAGGAUGAGAGAAAAAUAGUGAGGGAUGAGAUCCAUGUGCCAAAGGGGGAGAGAACAGACACAGAAGAGAGCUCCAUAGUGGACGUAAGUCACACCACCCUAGAACGAGAGAGCGGAGAACGACUGAAGGUCAUGGAGGAGAACCCAUACGCUGAGAUAGAGCGGAGAAACUCUGAGACCGAAAAUCUCCUCAAAGAGUGGAGAGAAAGACAUAAAGAGUACACAGAAACAAGAGAGAGGGACCCAACAGACAGUAGGAGGACAGAACCAGAGAUAGGUCCAUCUUCACAUACCAGUGGAGAUUACCACCACCAUGGGAUCCCUGUAGUUGACCAAGCCACCUCUGACCAGAAUAACCCUGGAGUGAUGAGCCCAGAGGAAGCUGUGGCCAUCCAAAUCUGUAUAAGGGGAGCCUGGAGCACAGAAGAGGAGGCCAAGCGCCACUCCCAGGCCUCACACAUGAAGUGGGCCAAGAACGUAUUGAGCGAGAUCCUUGGCAGUUCGGAGGAACACGCCCUCGGCAACCCCCAGCCAGAGUCACAGGGAGGUCAAGAGGUCAGCCAGACUGCGAGAGGGACCGAGAGGGUAGAAGAGGAGCUAGAGGAAGAAAAGGAUGAGACGCUAGAGGGGGGAGGAGCCUCAACCGUCUACGCCACGGUUCAGAAGAGGACGAAGCGUGGGAGGAAGUCGGUGGAGGCGAGGCUGGCUGAACGGGAGGCAGAGCCAGGGAAAGUGGAGGAUGAGAGAGAUGAGGAGGUGAGCGUCAACUGGGGAGACGUGGACCUGAGGAAUGUCACGGAUACCAUCAGAAUGGAUAGGAGGAACUCCAAAUUUUACAAUUCCCAGCUCUACCAGGAGUACAGUGAGACAGCUCAGAACAGGGAGAUCCUCAGUCAGUCUUGCUCUGACGCCCUCUCCAUCUACGAGGAGCUCCCUGUCCACCUGUCCCCCGUACCCUCCUCCCUGGCCCCCUCGCUCCCUCCGGCCCGCAGGCCCUUACCCCGUCUCCCCCCAGUCAUCCACCCCCACUCUCUGUCCCACUCUGGCUCUACCUCCAGUGGCACCAGUGCCAAGUUCCUGCCCGUACCACAGCCGCCCCAGGCACCCCCAGCCAGGCCUCCCUCUCCCCGCCUCUCCAUCUCCCUCACCCAGUCCCCCAGCCUGUGGCAGGAGAUCCCUGAGGUCAGGACCAGUGCUGAGUUUGGGGAGCUGACUGACGACCAGAGACGCCUGCAGGAGGUGCAGUUUGAGGUUGUAACAUCGGAAGCGUCGUACUGUCGUAGCCUGGACAUUGUGGUGGAUCACUUUGUCAAGUCUAAGCAGCUCGGGGAGCUGUUGACUACUCAGGACAGGAGCUGGCUGUUCUCCAGGCUGGCUGAUGUACGAGCCAUCAGCCACAGUUUUCUGUCGAAGCUGGAAGAGAGGGURGAAUCUGAUAUGAUGCACUUCACCGUGUGUGACAUCAUCGCUCGCCACUGUCAACGCUUCAAGAAGGUCUACGUGCCCUACCUCACCAACCAAUCAUAUCAGGAUGCCACUUACCAGAGACUCAUGGAUGAGAACCAUGGGUUCAGGCGGGUAGUGGAGAAGUUGGAACGCGGUCCAGUGUGUCAGCGUCUUCCUCUUCGCUCCUUCCUCAUCCUCCCCUUCCAGAGGAUCACACGAAUCAAACUCCUUGUGCAGAACAUUGUGAAGAGAACAGCCCAAGGCACAGAGGAGGAGGUCCAGGCCAUCAAAGCUAUGAAGCUACUGGAGAGGUUGAUCCAGGAGAGCAAUGACAGUAUUACUCAAAUGAAGAGCAUUGAGUCGCUGGUCUCUCUCAGUGCCAGAGUGGACUUUGAAUGCAGGACUCUCCCCCUGGUCAGUCAGUCUCGUAGGCUGGUGAGAGAGGGACCGGUGACUGAGAUGAUGGAUUUCUCUCUGAAGGAGACAGAGAGGAGUGUCUACCUUCACCUUUUCAAUGACUACCUGCUGCUGUCGCUGAACAAAGAAGGGGGCAGGUUCACGGUGAUAGACCAUGCUCCAGUGUCAGAACUGAGAGCUGAGAACUGUCGGGUCAAACUGCACUCUCUAGAGAAGAACCUUUUCCGCCUCCACCUUAACAAGAAAGCUCUGCUACUUAGCACCGACACACAAGGUGAUAAACUGCGUUGGAUCUCAGCUGUCUCUAGGCCCCAUCCUGUUAUUGACUACUCUACAGCACAAGACUUCACACAGAUGCAGUGCGUCCGAGCCUUCGUUGCCCACCAACCAGACGAGCUGUCCCUGGAGAAGGCAGAGGUAAUUCUCGUCCACCAGCAGAGCAGCGACGGUUGGGUGGAGGGGACCAGGCUGUCAGACAGACACAGAGGAUGGACUCCUGAGUCCCACUUGGAAACCAUAGCCAGCCUCAGGGUCCGACAGCGCAACCUGUUGGACGCUCUAAAAAUUACCACAGCCACGGCUGCAGUUUGACAAACCAUCCACUGCCUGACUACGCUGGGGGAAUCCUAGUCACUGUGUUACUGGGGACAUAUGGAUUUGGACAGUGGAUGAAACAUAGUGUUUCAGACUGGAGUUGUCCCUCCCGGCCUCACCCUGCUUAUUGGGGAUGAAUGGCAAGGGGAUGAAUGGCGUUAGAGGGGGUGCCUUAGAGAUAGGCACUGGACUGACAUGAAUACCUUUAACACUUACAGGAGUGUCUAUGUAAAUGAUUGGAGGGGUUUGGAGGUGCCUGGGAGUGUCUAGGGUAGCCUUGUAAAUCAAACCCUGGCAAUGAAUGUCGAUGGACUGUUACAGGAUCAUUUGGAAAUCAGCCAUCUAAGAACAUCAGUGGAUUGAGGACCUGUAGCCCCGGAGAAGUACAGAAGUUUCUCCAUAACUACUUUACUUGGGGACUUUAAAAAGACAUGGUAUGGGGCCUCCCGAGUGGCGCAGUGGUCUAAGACACUGCAUCGCAGUGCUAGAGGCUUCACGACAGACCUGGGUUCGA